CAAUUAGUUCAACAAAUUCUUUUCAGAGAAAACUGUACAUUACCUUGGAUACAAAAAUCAAAGAUUAAUUCCUUCUAUUACCAUCCAAUUUUAGCUUUGAAGCUGGCGAUGGUAACAAUUUUAUUUGUUCUGCAAGCAGAAGAUGAUUCUGGACUCCUUGGUUAUAUGCUGCUGGGAAGUAAGAAUAUUCCUCAUUUGCUUCCACCGAAGUUUGUAUAUUGUCUUCUAAAGAACAGGAAGGAUCAUAAUUUGAACUUAACUCCAGAAGUGGUUGCAGAAGCUUUUCUAAGCAUAGAUGAUCCUCUUGUGAUUGUUAGUUCAAAAGAUAAGAAUCCAAGGAUUGAUGCCCCUUGUGCUAUAUUUGUAGACCUUAGAAAAUCUAAAGAGAAGAUAAUCAACAUAUUGUUCACUAAGAAAACUAUGCCUUGUGACAACAAAAUUCUUCAGAACUUUGCUAUCAAUAUUUCUUCUAAAACUGGGAAAAUUCCCAAGGAUCUGUUGUCUCUGGCUUCUAACACUUGUUCAGAAGCUAACCCGAAUGUGAUGAAUUCUGUGUCAGAGAGCAGCAACGCAACUGGGGCUCAUCAGGUGAAGAAUCAUGUUAAGGAUAUAGGCGAUGAACCUAGUGAUGGUGGUGGUAAAACUCAGGAUGUGAAAAACAAGAAAGGGAGAGAUAAAAGAAAUCGGAAGAAGGGUACAAGAAAUGGACAUAGUGGCCAGACUUCCUCAAACAAUGUUAAUGGUGAAACAAUUAGCGUGAAGCCUCUCGAAUUUGAACCACACUGUCUUAAAAGCAUAGCGGAAUUUAUAAAUGAGAAUAAAGGAGAGUCGUUGAGUUCAUCAUCGGCUAUAGCCUUGAUAAAAAAAAAAAAUGAAAUGAAUUUGCACUCAUGGGCUGAAUUUAUUGAGGAUUUAAAGCCCCGUGUGGGAGAAGAUGCAAAAUUACGUGAAGACUUGAUGUUGUGGGAGAUGUAUUAUGCUGAAGUUAAUUUGAGCAUAGUAACGGAGAAGGAUUUGCAACUGAUGGUGAAGAAGCUGCAGGAAAAUGGUUUGAUAGAGCUAUCACCCACGACUCAGGACUCAAAGGCAGUUUCAGGGAGCAGCAGCACCACUGAGUUUAAAGAAACACAAAGAGAUGAGAAAAUGAAUCAUGCUGAGGAAACAUGUGACGGUUCAGCUGUGGAAGUGGUGUUAGAGAAUCAGAGUGGUGGUGGUAACUCUGAAGAUGCACAAAAGAGCAAGAAAGGGAAGGGAAAGAAGGGUAAAGAGAAAUGAUGUGUGGGAUAAGUAUUAAAUAGCCAAUGGUGUCUGCUUCUUAUGUUUUUUUUUUUACUUUAUGUGUACGUCUUGCAGGAAAGAAUACUACGUUAUGGACCUUAUGUAAUGGAAAAUUUCAGUAAACCUUAUGAC